CGUGAGUGUACCCGCUUGCCGCGCGCACGAAUGCGAACGGUUCUGGCGCUCCCGUGGUCCAGGUGAUCGAUGGUCCAGUCGGUGUCCGGCAGCAGCGGAGCGAUCGUGUGACCAAAGUCGUAGCGCAGAUGUCAAGCUCGUCGGGAUCAUCGUCACGGGGCGCCUCUUCGCCGAUCGUGGCCGCAGCCGUCGCCGCCGCAACGGCAGCGAUUGCCUCGUCACCUCGCAUCGGCGGCGGCGGCAGCGGUGGUACCGGAACCACGAAGCGUACCCCAAUCCACCAUCUUACCACGAGCCAGGAUGUGAUCAAUCAGGGAAAAUGCCUGUGCGGUGAGUACAUCCGCGCGCGGCUGAAGCGUUCCGGGCUGCUGAACCGCAAGAUACUGCAGCGGCUGCGCAGCUCGACCGAGGGGUCCGGUGCGCUACCGAUCGGGGGCGGUGCCGUCGUCCGCGAAGCGUUCCCCAUCCUGCACGGCAUGGGCAUCGAGCUGGAGCGCAUGCACCCGCGGCUGUACAUCAACGUUAGCCGGCAGAUCUCGAACGAGCCGUGGGGCGAGCUGACGGAACCGGACACGGUCGGUUGCCUGCUGCACGUCGUCGCAAAGGACCUCUUCAAGACGGGCGUCACGUGGGGUAAGGUCAUUUCCCUGUUCGCCAUCGCCGGCGGGCUGGCGGUCGACUGCGUCCGGCAGGAUCACUGCGAUUAUCUGCAGCAGCUGAUCGAGGGCACGACCGAUGUGAUCGAGGAGGAUCUCAGCGCGUGGCUGGUCGAGCGGGGCGGCUGGCUCGGGCUGCAGGACCACGUGUACCCGCAACCGGCCGAGAUUACGCUGGCCGGCUGGCUGACCAUCACCGUGGCCACGCUGGCCCUCAUCUACCUGGUGUCGCUGUUCCUGAAGCUCAUCGGCACCAACUAUCUCACCGAAAGUUAACUGAAGCAUAUAUGUAACGAAAUCAUUCCUCCCGCUAACGCACCCUUACCUGCGGGGCGGCCACCCCACCCACGCACUGAUGAUACUAAUGCUCACAGCAGCGCAAACGAACAGAAUAUAGCUACUCCCGGCGGGGCGACACGCUCCGGUAUCCGCGCGCAUGCGCCACCCGCACGCCACGCGAUGUUUUUAGCUUACGUUUUUUUUUCCUACUACUAUUGUUUCUGUUGACCCGCCCGCCCGCCACGUUGUUUGUUUUAGCACCAACCAAAAAGAAAAACGGAGAAAAAAGAAGGACGGGUGUGAAGCAAUAAAACGGUGGCCGGACGCGCGCCGCACGCGGAAUGUUAUUUAUAAUAUGUGGUUAUAUGGUUGUUGGAAACUAAUUGGCCAAUUGUUGAGUGAUGGAUGCGUGUACUUGGAUGCGAGAGAGGACAUCGUAAACGUUGUUUAUCUUGG